GGGUCUCUCCCGCCGCAGCAGGAUGCCGAGUGCCGCCGGCCAGGGCCAGGGCCAGGACCGCCGCCCGGAGAGCGAAGAGUCGUCGGCGGCCGAUGAUUAUGCUAAGGAAAGAUAUGGAGUGUCAUCAAUGAUACAAUCCCAAGAGAAACCAGAUAGAGUUUUGAUUCGAAUAAAAGACUUGACAGUGGAGAAGGCUGAUGAAGUGGUUUGGGUUCGUGGCAGAAUUCAUACUAGCAGAGCUAAAGGGAAGCAGUGUUUCUUAGUCCUGCGUCAGCAGCAGUUUAAUAUCCAGGCUCUUGUGGCUGUGGGACAGCAUGCAAGCAAGCAGAUGGUAAAGUUUGCUGCCAACAUCAACAAAGAGAGCAUUGUGGAUGUAGAAGGCGUUGUGAGGAAAGCACAUCAGAAAAUCGGAGGCUGUACUCAGCAAGAUGUUGAGCUUCACGUUCAAAGGAUCUAUGUGAUCAGUUUAGCUGAACCCCGACUGCCCUUACAGCUGGAUGAUGCUGUUCGGCCAGAAGUGGAAGGAGAGGAGGAUGGAAGAGCUACUGUAAACCAAGAUACAAGACUGGACAACAGAGUCAUUGAUCUGAGGACUUCCACUAGUCAGGCAAUCUUCUGCCUUCAGUCUGGUAUUUGUCAGCUUUUCCGAGAAACUCUUAUUCGCAAGGGAUUUGUGGAAAUUCAGACUCCCAAAAUCAUUUCAGCUGCCAGUGAAGGAGGAGCCAAUGUGUUUACUGUAUCAUACUUCAAAAGCAGUGCCUACCUGGCUCAGUCCCCACAGCUGUAUAAGCAGAUGUGUAUAUGUGCUGACUUUGAAAAGGUUUUUUGCGUUGGGCCAGUAUUUAGAGCUGAGGACUCCAAUACACACAGACACCUGACUGAGUUUGUUGGUCUGGAUAUUGAAAUGGCUUUUAACUAUCACUAUCAUGAAGUGGUAGAUGAGAUUGCAGAUACCUUGGUGCAGAUGUUCAAGGGACUUCAGGAAAGAUUCCAAACUGAAAUUCAGACAGUGAACAAACAGUUCCCUUGUGAGCCAUUUAAGUUUUUGGAGCCAACUCUGAGACUGGAAUACCGUGAAGCUGUGGCCAUGCUUAGAGAGGCUGGUGUUGAGAUGGGUGAUGAAGAAGAUCUGAGCACACCUAAUGAAAAGCUCCUGGGACGCCUGGUAAAGGAAAAGUAUGACACAGACUUCUAUAUUCUUGACAAAUAUCCUCUUGCUGUGAGGCCUUUCUAUACAAUGCCAGACCCAGUAAACCCUAAAACCUCUAACUCUUAUGAUAUGUUCAUGAGAGGGGAAGAGAUCUUGUCUGGAGCUCAGAGAAUUCAUGAUCCUCAGCUGCUGACAGAAAGAGCCCAGCAUCAUGGCAUCGAUUUGGAGAAGAUAAAGGCUUAUAUCGAUUCCUUCCGUUUUGGUGCACCUCCACACGCAGGUGGUGGAAUAGGGCUGGAAAGAGUAACCAUGUUGUACCUAGGGCUGCAUAAUGUUCGUCAGACCUCCAUGUUCCCACGGGAUCCCAAACGACUGACACCCUAACAUGAGCUGCUUCUGAAAGUUUGAGAUGAUUUGUCCUGCAAAUAUGAUAUGAUUGCAAGCAUAUUCCCUGCUAUUGAUGAACCUGUAUUGAUUUGAGCAUUAUAAUAUGCAAUAAAAAAAAAAAAAUCUCA